GUGACAGUUUGUCAGCAUGAUUGAAGAAGAAAUGUCAUUCUCCACCUUCCAUCCAAUUUCGUGACAGUAGAAUAAUAAGAGUGAAGUUAUUGGUAAAACCAAAGACGAAUCGCUAUCUAGACAAAGAAAUAGUUUGAUUCAAAUCCAAGUUUGUUAGAAACGUCCUUCUAUGUAAUAGUACUUUCGAUAGUAUUGUAAUGGGAUCAGAUUUGAUUUGUCCAUUAUGCUGCCAAGAGAAAUUUUCCUCUCAUGAUGCAUUAAAAAAUCAUAUUUCAAAUAUUUUACAAAAAUUGAAAUGUCCAUCUUGUAACAAAUGUUGUGAUGAUCUUCGACAGCUAGUACAUCAUUUAGGUACUCUUUGUUGGCAGUUAGAAGAACCGACUGAUGGGGAGAAUGGAGGAACAGUUGAAUCAGAAAAAAAAUCACGAGAAGUAGACAGUAAUCAUUCAGUUUUACCAAACACUGGUGAAAAUCAUAAAAUGGGUGAUGAUAGCCCAAAUAAUAUUGAAGAUACAGAGAACAAAAGUGAAAAUACCAAACCAAGUACCUACUUAUGUGUAAUGUGUAACAUAGGAUUUGAUUCUAUUGAUGAACAUUUGAAUGAAUACCAUCAAGGCGAAGAAGUAGUUUUGGAAGAAUCAACCUCUGAAGAGCCUGAAGUACAAUAUAGCUCAAACCAAAAUAACCGCGAAUGUAUUGUAGAAAUAAUAGAAACGGAUAGCAAUACAUCUGCAGUAAGCCAGCUCUUGCAUAAAGAGCACUAUUUUGAUAGCAAUGGAAUAGCCUACACAAGAAAAUUCUUAAAAGUUCCAGAAUUUUUACACAACAAGCUUUCUUCUCCCAUCAUUGAGAAGUAUCUUCAAGAAGACGGUACGACGAGGAAAAUUCAUAAUGAUGACUCUAAUGUCAAUGAAAUUUUUAAGUGUCCUAAAUGCUUCCUUAAAUUCUCUGAAAUAGACUUAUACAGCAUUCAUGCUUGUAAUCCAGAACAGAUAACUGAUUUCAAGUGCGUUUACUGUUUAGCAGUUUUUGGUUCAGUAGCGACUUUAAAGGAACAUAUGAAAUCACAUCAUGUGGAAGAACAGAAUGGUCAAACGAAAAGAGUUGUCACGAUGGAACCAUACGUCUGUGAAGUGUGUGGUACAAUAUUUCCCUCAUUCAAAAGUCUUAGGUUGCAUAGAAAAAUGCAUGAGCCUGUUAAGGAAAAACCCAUAGAAGCUCCAGUAAGUUAUUCGAUCACUGGUAAUAAGUGCGAAAAGAAGAAUGUGAGGACAAUGUUCAUUUGCGAUAUAUGUAAUAAUACGUAUGAUAAAGAGUAUGAGAUUGUGCAUAUGAAGUCUCAUAGUAAAGAAGAAAAUUUUGAUUGUUCAGUAUGCAACAAGAAGUUUUUUAGUUUGAAGGAUGUGGUUAUGCAUACAAAAGCGCAUAAGAAUGAGAAAAAGUUCAUGUGUCCCAAUUGCAAAAAACCUUUCAACACACAGGAGGGUUUGAAAGAGCAUGUUGGUAAAAAAUGCGCCAAAAGGCAGUAUGCAUGUCAGUACUGUGGGAGAAGUUUUGCUAGGCCUUACGAGAAAGUAAAACAUGAGAGAAUUCAUACAGGAGAAAAGCCCCAUAUUUGUAAGAUAUGUGGGAAAAAAUUCAGAGUGAGUUACUGCCUAACUUUGCAUCUAAGAGCACACACUGGCGUAAGACCUUACGAAUGCGUACAUUGUGGGAAAAGAUUCAAAUCUCAUGGAGUGUAUAGUCAUCACGUAAAAACCCACUCUGAAGUAAGAGCUUACAAAUGCCCAUAUUGUCCAAAGACCUUCAAAACUGGAGUUCAGCUAGCAGGACAUAAAAACAGUCACCUAAAACCGUUCACUUGCACAAUCUGCAAUAGACCGUUUUCGACUUUAUACGGAGUUAGAUCGCAUUUGGAAACUCAUAAGACUGAAAAUAGCUUGAAGUUUACGUGUUGGUUGUGUGGUGCUAGUUACGGUAGGGCGUUUGCUCUGGGAGAUCACAUGAAAAGUCAGCACCCGGAGAAAAAUAUAGAUACAGAUCUGCAGGUAGAUGAAAAUCAGUUGGAGCAAGAUAUUGGGAAAGAUAGUCCAAAUGAGGCCGAAUGAAGAAUAUAAUUUGUUGUUUUUAUAUUUUGUAAUAUAAUACGAUUGAAUAUUAUAA